AUGGAUGGCUUCAAAGAUGUAUUGCUUAGUCAACAUCCAGCGAUGUAUUCGCAGCCUGCCGAUGCCAAUAUUUACUUAGAAAGCUACAAAGGCAUCCUCCUUUGCGAUCAACCGACGCUGUCGCAGGGCGGGGGAAGAGAUUUCGGACCAAACGACGGCGGUGGUGUCAAUCACGACAGGGACUUCGCCCCUUCCAAUAGGACUGGCAAUCCACUUGGCUUGGGCCCAACCGCGGAAUCUCGCGCGCUGCGAGAGCGCAAUCAAGCCCUGCGUGCCCAAAACCAGGGCAAGCAUCGCACCAAAUCGCAGCAAGUGCUCUCUCGGCACCGCCGUUGGCUACGGAGCUUUGCCAAGCAGCUAAAGAACAUGCAGCAAGCCGAUAUAGAUCGUGAGGUGGAAGCGGCGCGGCGAGCCGCACGGCUGAAGGAAUCGGCGACUCAGCAGCGCGAGAUGACGCUCAUGGAGAAUGGCGACGGCGCGAGCGCUGAUCAGCCACCGCAGCCGGCGCCGUACAACCCUAACAAGGCCCUCAAUCCGUUCCCGCGCUCAUCCCAGAAUAUCUCGAGUUCGAAGCCUAAACCCACAAAAGGAAAGCCCAAGUGGGCCAUGACCGAAGAUGAAGCCUUCGAGGCCGAGCUCAACGAGACCAAUGAUCUGCUCCAAUUCGCGAAGAAUUUAGAUUACGAUCGGUUCAUUGGUGACUUCGAGGUGGCCGAGGCCCUAGGCGUGAUGCGGGACCGAGUCCGGAAGAUCGCGCGAGCGAACAACUGGUCCGAAGAGGACAUUCAGCACGCCGCGGGCCAGGACGCCGAGGACGACCUUCAGUCCACCGUAGCCCCUUCUGAGGACGAACGGGGCCUCGGGGGGCGCCCGAGUCCGGAAGGGGCGCCCGAGGCCCGCGCCGCCCUCCCCGCCCGCGCGGCGAUGCAUCAAAAGGAGUGGGACAACAGCACGGGGCGGGUGUUGAAGCGGGCGAUCCGCAAGGACGCCCUGCUGCUGGCGGAGCGGCUUCUGGCGACCUCCCCCUCCAUGCAGAAGAUCCACACCAAACCGAGCCUGGCGCGGGUCCUACAGCGCUGCGCCUUGCAGGGCGAGAUCAGCCUGGCGGACGAGUACCUCUUCCUUCGUACCGCGGCCGAUAUCCGGCAUAACGGGAAGAGCGCCAACGAGCUGGUGGGGAUGACCCCUGAGGAUCUCACCGCCGCGACGGCCAUCGGGCCCACCCUUGUGGAGGAGCCCCGGGUCGUCCAGCUGCGCCCCGGGGACGUCACCUCGGGCGACGCCAACGACGGAAGGCAGGUCCGCAUCCUGCGAGAGCUACAGCAGUCCAGGGAUCGUGUACAAGGGCUUCCUUACCUCUACCGCUGCCCGGCGAUCUGA